AUCUUUCAUGUUCAUUUGCUAACAUCAUCUCAGUUUCGUGUCGUCGCCGGAGUCUCACCGACAAAGGCAUCACGUCGUUCAUGCUUCCAUGACAGCCGGGAUCCUCCUUAGGUGGUUGGGAGGGCGAGGAUUCCUAUGUGUUCAUUCCGGUGAAAGGCCUCUCACUUUCCGAGGUAAGUCUCUUCCUGAUCCUCGAUUGCCAAGACGUCGAUUCGCGGUCAUCUCUUUCGCAGUUCAUACCACCUCUCAAUACAAGGUCAAUGGAAGGGUUGCAGUGCUCCCGGACAGCUUUGCCACAUCAUUAGCACCAAGUGUGUGAGAGCCCCCCCCUUCCUCUGUGCCAGGGUAUGGUGCUGUUGGGAAGGGAGUCUAACCUGCGGGAAGUCAUGGUCUGGGACAGAUGACGUUUUGAACCCGCGGCGUUGGUGA